AUGCCUCCGGUGCUCCACCAGGAGUCGGGCUGCCAGCCGCCGGCGACAGGUCGACACACGGCGGUGUCGGCCGAGCUUUCCCUUCGCUUCCCUCGGGGAGACCCCGUUGCCCUGUUCUGCGCGACGGGGCUGGCGGGCGGGCCUCCUCGUCGUACUUCUGAUACGAAUCUUGCAAGGCAGAUGGGGUUGCAUGAAUCGCCAACCACCACCCUUGCGCAAUGUGGCGGCAUUGUCCAUAUCCGCAUCUGCAUCCGCAUCCGCAUCCUUGCCGCUGGUAUUGUGUCCUCCACCGUCCACACCGGUCGCUGCCAUCCCGAAUGUCUGUUGUCAUUCCCGGCCGUGCGAUGGACAAGCAAGCUUAACCACGAACCUUAUCCCGCCCUCGUCAACGGCGAGAGACGGCGACCCACCGGCACCUUUCUGGAUGGCGCCGGUGGCAGACGUGAAACGCUCCUGUCGCAUAUUAACCGUGACCAGCCACGCCACCCGCACGGGGCUUUCCCUGCCCUAGCUUUACGGGCCCGCGAAGCGCCGGCCACCCAACCCAGUCAGCGCGAAGUCGUCCGGAUUGGACGUGGACAUGACAGGAUGGUGGCGAUUAGGAUUGAGUGA